AUGAACUCCAUCCGUCAGAUUCAAGCUCUGAACAAACGAGAAUUAGAAAAUGCAGUGUCAUCAGAAGCUUCGUGGCAUGCAGACUAUCGUGACACCGCGUACAUCUACAUCGGUGGACUACCCUACGACCUGAGCGAAGGCGACAUUUUAACGAUAUUCUCCCAAUUUGGAGAGCCAGUACACAUCAAUCUAGUUCGUGAUAAGGAAACUGGAAAAAGCAAAGGCUUCGCGUUCCUUAAAUAUGAAGAUCAAAGAAGUACAGACCUAGCAGUGGAUAAUCUAGGUGGCGCAACUGUGAUGGGAAGGCUGCUUAGAGUUGAUCAUAUGAGAUAUAAGCGCAAAGAGGAUGAGGGGCUUGAAGAUAAUGUUGCAACACUGGCCGUAGAGCCAGAGAAAGACCAAGAUGACCGUGAGCGCCACAGAAGGACAAAGAAACGGCGGUCUGAUAAAGACGGCGGCGACGAAAGAAGGGGGUCCUUAAUCAAGGAGGAGGAGGAGUUAGCACGGCUUAUAGAAGAACAUGAUGCUGAAGAUCCAAUGAAGGAGUACUUGAUACAGGAGAAGAGAGAUGAGGUGGAGAGAGCGCUCGCAAACUCAAAGUCUAGUAAACACAGACAUCGCCAUCACCAUCGACGAAGACGGAGCACAGACCGUUCUCGCUCCCGAGAAGACCGCCAUUCGCAGUAUGGAAGACCACGGUCGCGCUCAUCUUCAAAAGAUCGUCGACAUAGAAAACGAGAUCAUAAAUGA